AUGUCCAGCAGGUCGUUUAAUCGUAAGUUCAUUUCAUGGGCAAGAAUGGACACUGGUCAUUUCUUGAUUUUAUUUCUCUUUACCAUAAAACGCGGGAAAAUGGCAAGGAGAAGAUUGCGAUUUGGCUGACCCGGGUCUUUUGAGGUUUAUAGCCAACAAUUAGAAUCCAUUCUUGCAUCUCUGACCAGGCUCAAUUAUUUUUUCGUGCUUUAACUUCAGUCAGAUGGAACCAUAUUUUAUUUUAGACACGAUAAGGCGGCCGAUGAAAAGGAUGAGCACAUCAGCAGUCUUCGAGAACGAUGAGAACGUCUCCCCAACAUGUAAAGAACCUAAAACAAUAAAACGGAAGAGGCCGGUAGCCUCGAGGAGUAUGCCGUCUAUUUUGAAUACAUCUCAAGAAUUCGGAACGCCAGAAACUUUUUGGGAUGUUCUGAUUGAGAAGGACCAGGAAUGCAAGGCGUCUCCCGUUGCCUUUAGUCAGCAUCCCAACCUAAAACCGCAUAUGAGGGUGAUGUUAUAUGAUUGGAUUAUGAGUGUAGGCGUAAUUUCCAAAGUGAAAAUUUUUAUAGGUAUGUGCCGAACUUAUGUUACACCGGGAAACCUUUCAUUUGGCAAUUUCCCUUAUUGACCGGUAUCUUUCGAAGGUGCCAAAGCUUCAAAAUCCUGAUUAUAAGAUCCAAGUCAGCAAUCUCCAACUCUUAGGCAUCUCUUGUCUUCUCAUCGCUGCUAAAGUCGAGGUUUGUAGUCGGGUUUUUAUAUUUUUUUAUCAUAUCCAUUUCAGGAGAUAUACCCACCAAAAGUACAAGCCUUAGCGGACUUCACUGAUGGUGCUUGUACACCUGUUAAAAUGAAAGCAAUGGAGGAGAUCAUAUUAGAGGUUUUGGAAUGGAAUUGCACCUAUAUGACAUCAAUACAAUGGCUCGCGUUUUACAUGCAACUGAUGUGUAAACAAGGUGAGAAAGAGACUGCGGGCCCCGUAUUAAUGUCAUUUUAGACCUUCUCAUUUCACGGUCAUCGUCACGAGCCAGCACUUCGUUCGACCCUUUCCUUCAUGAUGACUGCCUGGUCGAAGAAUCGUUUACUCUCCCGGUUUUGGCCCGAGACGAUUUUGUUGAAUGUGCCAGAGUUCUCGAUCUCUGCAUGACCAAUGUUUGUUACAUGAACUUCACAUAUAGUGAGUUAGCUGCUGCUGUUGUUCUCUAUGCCUUUGAACCGACAGAAGCGGUUGAGAAAAUAAUUGGUGAGUUUUCUCACCAUUAAAUUAACUUUUUGAUACGAUCCUAUACGACCCUAGUUGUUUCAGGAUAUACGCAAGACCAAUUAUCGGAUGUCCUUCGGUUUAUGGAACCGUACAUUAAAGAAGGAAAAGCAGAGGAUCGCCCCGGUAUAGUCAUUCCCGAUCUUCCCAAAAUUGGUCUUCACGAUCUUCAUAACAUUCAAACUGCCAUCAAACGUCUCGACGAGCUUGUAGAACGCCUCGAGAAAAGACAUGUUUUAGCGAGUAAUAAUUCUUCUAACCUGGUGGGAUGA